GAAACUAAGAGUCGGGCCAGAAGUGAGCUAAAGAAAGAGGAGAAAGUAAAGUAGAGAAAGCAAAAGAAGUGUUCAUCUAUGGACUAAGUGUGAACAACAGCAUCACAGCUGACAGGGGAGGCGUGCCACGGUGCCAGAAAGCAGCUAUUUCUCCCUCUCUGAGACGAACAAGUUCCCAAAAGAAAUUUUAAAAAAUGGCGAGCCUUCCCAAGGAACCACCUGAGGAUGCCAAGAAACAGAGCUUCUGGAUGCCGGACAAUUAUGGACGCACAGUGCAUCGGACUGAGCAGUUCUAUCAGGCCUGCAAUGACAUUGCUGCGUGCUUCCUGGAGAGGGCCAAAUUAGAAAAGCAGUACGCUCAGCAGCUCAGCCAGUGGAGCAGCAAGUGGAAACCUAUUGUGGAUUCUCGGCCACUCUAUGGUUCCCUCAUGAGGGCGUGGCAGUGCUUCUUCACCUCCACUGAGCGUUUAUCUGCCAUCCACUCGUCCAUCUCCCAAUCCCUUGUUUCAGAGGAAGGGCAGAGAGUGAGAGCCUGGCAGAAGGAGAACUUUCCAAAGAAGAUCUUCUGCGGUUUCAAGGAGAGCUACGAAAACAAAACAAGCUUCUCACGAGCUCAGAAACCCUGGACCAAGAAGCUCGUGAAGCUGGAGAAGGUUCGAGUUGCAUACCACAAGGCCUGUCAGAGGGAGCAAGCAGCCAUCGACAAAGAGAAGCAAGCCAACGAAAACGCCGAGAUGAGCCCAGAAAAAAAGCAAAAGGUGACGGCAGCCAGAGAGCACACAGCGCAGGAGAAGGAAAAGAUUAGGGAGCGUUAUGAGAAAGUGCUGGAGGAUGUGACGACCUACACGCCUCGCUACAUGGAGGAGAUGGAGGCCAUUUUUGAGCAGUCGCAGGAGGAGGAGAAGAAGAGGAUAAGCUUUCUGAAGCAGGCCUUCCUCUCUAUUCACAGACAUCUUGACAUUACCAACAACGAGAGCGUAAAGGCGGUGUACAGUGAGCUCCACCAAACCUUAAUGUCCAUCGACGAGCAGGAUGACCUCAAAUGGUGGAAAAACAACCACGGCCCCGGCAUGCCGACCGACUGGCCGAAAAUCGAGGAAUGGGUGCCACCAGUGAAAAAACUAAAGAGAAAAAAGCGAGAACAGAGAGGGAAAGACAGCCGACCGGUCAUGAUUGGGGGUGUGAAGGUACGAGCUCUGUACGACUAUGUGGGGGAAGAAGGUGAUGAGCUGUCCUUCAAAGCAGGUGAAAUGUUCCUGAAGGUGGAGGAGGAGGAUGACCAGGGUUGGUGUCGAGGAGUACUGAGUGAAGGGAAGGAAGGCUUCUACCCGGCCAAUUACGCUGAAGUUGUGGAGUGACCUCACGCCGUCCACAUUAUUAUGUCCUAAAGAUAUUUCUCACACACACACAAAAACUCUUUACAUUUUCCAGACACACCAACACCUAUUUAACAUCUGUGAUAUUUUCACACUGAUUCUGAAUAAAUGCAAAGUACCGUCUGUUCCCAGCACCAUUUGAAAUGUAAAAUGUUUAGAACUUUUCCAUUAGCAUAUUUGCUUUGAGGACCUGCAUUGUAAUUUAACUUAUCAAAUAAUGUGCUGCAAACUCUGUGCAGGAUUAAUAUGUAUAAUAAUAGGCGUGUAUGUGUGGGACUGUGUUCACAUGUACUGUAUGUUUUUGCAUGUUAGGAAGGGACAAAAUAAACAGAAUAUUUAUUUA